AUGGAUCUCCUUGCGACUGUGAGGAAGGAGGGAUCGCGUGGUGGUCAGGGAGAUUUCAAGUGGUCAGAUAUACAAAAUUCUACUCGACGAGAACACUAUUUGGGCCACUCGUUAAUGGCUCCAGUGGGCCGUUGGUCAAAGGGUCGUGAUCUCAACUGGUAUGCAAAAGCAGACAAAGAUGGUGAAGAUGGAGAAGACCCUGCUCAGAAGGGCGAAAGAGAACGAAAAGAGGAGAUACAACGCAUCAAGCAGGCUGAAGAGGAUGCUAUAGCACGUGCUCUUGGAUUACCUGUACCAGACCGGAGCAACGCCAACCUGGAACCUGUCUCCGAAAAGCGGGAGGCCGACAAGGUUCAGAUGCAAGCUGCACCCAUUGACCAGACCUCUCGUGGCGAUGAUGCUGAGCUGACCGAGAACAUCAAAGAGACGACCGAGAAAGACGACAUCACAGGUCUGACCGGGACCAUUAUAGUCGACGACAUCGUGAUAGGUCCCGUGACCGAAAAAGAGGACGAUCUCGUGAUACACACCGAAAUCGAUCCCAGGAGCGUCGCCACGACCAUCGCCCUAGGUCAAGAAGUCCUGUGA